ACUCCUCCUGCUUUGUGUUCAAUAGCACAAUAGCACGCACCACGUUCGCCGAAUCACAUUUGCGUGAGCUUCAGCCAUUUUGGGUGACCAUUGGGCCUCUAACCUCUUCACUGCUGCACCAAGAACUUCCCCCAGCUCGUCUCUACACACAGACACCGAAACAAAUUCGCGACUUCCUUCAAAGUUUAAAUAUUCUUCCCGUCAUUUCGAGCUGCAAAUUUAGCUUCUCUUUACUAGAAUUACUCCAUUUGGUGAAAACCCAGGACCUCAUUUACAGCUUUUCUUCUCAGAGUUUUUGCAGAAUAUAUUCAAUUGAUAGAAGUGGCUUCAGUUUUGGUGUCAGCAUUAAAAGACAAGAAUGGAGAAAAUUUCUGCUGCCUGGGCAAUGGGAUGGAGCAUUGAGCUUGAGAAAGGCCUUCGGUCUAGAAAACCAGGUUAUUCUAUUGAAUCAAUAAACUUGAUAGGUCCUAGACUAAAGCAGUGGAGUAAGGAGCCACAACCCACAUUAGCUGUAUAUAACAUGUAUGGCUUAGCUCCUGGGGAGGAUAGGGUAUUUGCAGAUGCAAUUCUACUUAGGCUUGCAGAUGCAUUUGUAUCCGGGGACAAAGAUACGAAAAUCUCGGUCAUAAGAGUGCUAUUGUCAAUUCCGAGGCACUACAAGACAAAAGAUAGCCAACCACAUGGAAUCUUUUCAAACUUGAGCGAGGAAAACAAAAUGGAGUUUUUGAGAAGAUUUAAAGCGGUUCUUAGUGCUGAGAAUGUUGAGUCCAGAGCAUUGUCUUUAAUUCUGCUUGGAUGUUGCGCUGAGCUGGCUUAUGAUGUUGUUGAAAUUAGACAUACAAUACUAUCUGAUUUGUUCUCUUGUCAUGUUUUGGAGGUUAAAGCGUCACUGUUUGCAGCUGGGUGCCUUUCAGAUUUUUCAGAUGACUUUGGGUUUGUUUAUUUGGAGAGUCUGAUCAAACUUAUGAAUUCACCGAAAACCUUGCCAGCUCUAAGAAUUGCCGGAGCACGGACUUUUUCUAAAAUGGGAUGCUCAGUUUUACUUGCGAUUAAAUCAUACAAGGCUGGCGCAGAACUUGUAAGAAACACUCUGGAAGAGGAUAUAUUGGCCACUCUGUUGACCUCUCUCACGAAACUUUCUUUGAAAGCGUCCAUUUUGAUUUCUGAUCAGAUAGGCCUGCUCAGUUCAUUUCUGGCUCAGAAAGCAAGCUUUCGCUUACAGGGAACAUUGCUUAGAUGCAUGCGUAAUAUUGGCGAGGAUGCAGCAUGCUUUUUACCUUUAGGCGCUUUUCCAUUUCAGAGUUUGUUCAGAAUGCUUGACGAACCGAAUUUGCCUUCUGCUUUGCGUUGUGAAGUGCUACAAAUUUUCCUCAAGAUUCUUGCAUAUGGGUUACCUGAUAUGCUUUUUAUUGCCACUGACAACUUCAUGAAACUAUUGAGAUAUGUUGAGGAUGCAACUUGCUCUCCAAUAUUUUCUGUAAGACUCCUAGCUUUUCAAAUCUUGGUAAGUAUAGCUGAUAGGCUGAAGGGAACAGAGAGCUUUGAGGUUAAUUCUGUUACUUUCACAACUGGAAUUGUGUCAGCUGUGAUUGAUCAGAUAACUCUUUUGGUGAGUCUGGUGCCAGGUGGUAUUUCUAGCUCUGAAGUAGAGCAAGAACUGGGAAUCAUGCUCAAACUGCUACUUUUACUGUUUGAGAAUCAUUCAGAAUUAGGUUCUUUCAUAGUGGAUAAACUACAUACUGUUAUCAAGAACAUGGUAAAUUCGCAAAACACGCCUUCAUCUUCAAUACAGGAUUCUGAGGUACACAAAGUUGUUAAUACAUCAAAGCAAAAUUGUUCUGUGAGUGUAUUGAUGUUUUACAUCUACAGAUUUUUGGUGGCCUUCCUAGAAAUUCUGGAUGAUUUUAGUGCUUCUAGUGAAAUAGUUAGCAAAUUGAAACAACUGGUCUCCUCUGUUUGUGACAGUAAUUUAUUUGAUUGUUCUACCCACACAUUCUUUGCCCUUCUUCUGCAUGUCAAUUGGAACUGCCUUUCAUCUGAUAACAAGUAUAGCAAUUUCGUUCAUGGACUGAGUGGAUCUCCUAGUACAUUGCUUGAGAGUGAAGCACUCAUUCAUGUAUGCGCAAAAAACAUGCUUACAGGUGGGGAUAAUUGGCGUGCCUACAAAGCUGGAAGAUAUGCUGCCUGUGAGGGAGAAUGGGAUGUGGCUAACUUUAUAUUUCAGCAUCUAGAAGCAAAGGUUCAGUCUAAAUUUUGCUGUCAGUGGUUAAAAUUCUUAGUUCAGUUCACCCAUUCUGAGAAGACUGUCAAAGUGCUGCUUCAGAAAGCGUCGUGCUGUUUGCCUCUGGACCAUGUCUUGGUGCCAUCUGCUGUGGAUGAUAUCAUCGGAAAACUUGUUGAUUCCCUUGAUAAUGUUUCUUCAUCUGACAAGAUUUUGGAAGUCAUUUCUUUACAAACACAAACCCUUUGUUUCCAAAGAUGGUUCAUGGCCUUAAGAUUUAAGGUUUUACUUGUAUUUGUGGAUAUAUUUAAACUCUUAAAUGGUUGUCUAGUUUCCAAGGCUGGCUUGGAGAGUAAUAGGCACAUUGGGGGAAGUGACGUUACUGAUGGAAAACCUAUUUUUCAAAAGAUGAAAGACACGAUGUCUUAUUUGGUUGGAGUAUCUGCAAGACUAGCUAGUAUUGCAGAGGAAUAUGAUUUGAUUUCCUCAUCUUUUGUUGACUUGGAUUCCAAAAGCUUGAAUGUAACUUCAGCCCUUGCAUUCAGUUGUUCCAUGUUGGCCUUCUGCACCGACUUUACUAAUCUGACUCCUAGUCCACCUGCUUUUGGCGAGCUGAAAAACGAAUCUGGCUAUCGCCAGUGUGUUAUUAUCAAAGAUUUUGCUGUGCGUUUGUGGCAUAUGGACUCAGAGAUCAGUAUGGAUCUCCUGUCACUAUUAAAAGAAUAUAAAGUGCAUGAGAGAUCAUUGCAUUUACUUCCUGGAUUUGGGACACCAAAAGUUAAUCAUUUCUCAGACGAUAUUCUAACAUUGUGUAUAUCCAGUAUCAGAGGGUUAAUUGGAUGCCGAAAUCCUUGUGUGAGUGUUGAAAAUGAGGAUACAAUGUGGCAAGUUUACAAGGAUCGUAUGCAACUCCUGUUAAGUAUAGUCGAAGCAUGGAUGCAUAUCCCUUUUCGGAUUCCCAAGUAUUUCUUCAGAUUAAGGCCUACAGUGGGUUGUUUGCUUACUUGUCAAAGUGCUGGAAGUAGAAAACAAAAUGAGAUAUGUGUCAGACGGGGAUCGCACCUAGCUCUGAAUCUGUGUAUUCAGCUUAAGAAUGUGACAUCAGAUGUCUGCUCAAGAUUCACCAAGAUACAUUGCAUCUUUUCUUGUAAAACAAGACAUAAUAAUGGACAGUCGAGUGGAGAAGAAGGGUGGACAUGUUAUCAAGCAUCAGAAACUGAGACUUUGAUAGAUUUGAAUAAGAAAUUGAAGUGCCAUGUCUUGAAGCAGACCAGAGAAUUCAUCAACAACUGUGACAGUGAGAUGAUAGAGACGUGUGUAUGUUUCGAAACAAAUGGUGCAGCACAAGGGUUCUCGACCUGCUUGCUGGAUGUUUCUGCUUUUCCUGUUGGUUCCUACACAAUUCAGUGGCAUAGUGGUGGUGUAGAUCAUCAAGGAGCUUUUUGGAACUUCCUACCACUUAAUUCUUUCCCUCAGUUCAGUGUGACUGAAUUAUCUUCCGAAAAAAGGUGUUAAUGUAAUUUUUUUUUGAUUGUAGUAAGUAGAAACUAGUUGAGAUUACGCGACAGAAAUGUAAUGUUGUUGUACAGUUUUUUAAUACAGGGUAGAUGUGACUUGUGUGCUCUUCAACAAGAACCCUUUGUUCUC